AUGGAGAUAAUAAAACCAAUCUUUGUUGUCUAUUUAGUAGAUGAUAUUUUUGAUGUUUAUGGUACACUCCCCGAACUCACACUAUUCACUGAAGCUGUCAAUAGGUGGGAAAUCUCUGCUGUUGAGCAACUACCGAACUACAUGAGGACGUGUUUCAUGACUUUAUAUGAAACCACAGAAAAUAUUGGGUGUGUACUGUAUAAAGAGCAUGGAUGGAACCCUAUCGACCACUUGAGAAAAGUUUGGGCAAAUUUGUGCAAUGCAUUUCUGGAGGAAGCAAAAUGGUUUAACAGUGGAGAUAUGCCAGUGGCAGAGGAGUACUUGAAGAAUGGGAUAGUAAGUUCGGGGGUGCCUAUGGUGCUUAUCAACCUUUACUUUCUCUUGGGUCAUGAAGCAACUAAAGAUUCUUCAUCAUCAGAUGUCUUCGCUAAUAUUGAAGGCAUUAUAUCUUCCAUUGCCCAAAUUCUUCGUCUUUUGGAUGAUCUCGGAAAUGCUGAGCAUAAGCAGCAAGAAGGGCAUGAUGGAUCAUAUGUAGAGUACUUGAUGGAAGAACAACAGGGCUUAACUAAUGAAGAUGCAAGGAAACAUGUUUUGGACAUGGUUUCAAACACAUGGAAAGAUGUCAAUAAACAGUGCCUCUCACCAAGUGCAAUUCCAUUGUCUUUUCAAAAGGCUUGUCUCAACGUGGCCAGAAUGUCCCAGCAGAGCAUAUCAAGUCAAUAUUUUGUGACAUGGACUGAGACUCUCGAUUGGGCACAUCAUUGA